AUGGAGAGCGGGCCCAUUCCAGUAUUUGGGGAGGCCCAUCAGGACAAGAACUGGCCUCUGUCUGUGGGGGCUGGAGAGGGGAAGCAGCUGAAGCAACACUAUCAGUUUCCUUCCCAUUCAGAAGAGAACAAUCGAGCUCCUCCCAGGGGAAACCAUUCGGAUUUUGACAGUGUGGGCAAACUUUUGGAUGCCAAGCCCAAGUCUUGGUUACACCCCAUGUUUCCUUCAGAGGAAACUGUACUAGUAAUUGAAAACAGAAAUUGGUUCUUUUAUUCUAAUUCGUGGGAUGCAGACAAGCCCACGGGGUAUGGUUCAAGCAGUCGGAGGGCACCUCAGACAGGCAUUGUGGACGAAUGCUGCUUCCGGAGCUGUGAUCUGAGGAGGCUAGAGAUGUACUGCGCACCCCUCAAGCCUGCCAAGUCCGCCCGCUCUGUCCGUGCCCAGCGCCACACCGAUAUGCCCAAGGCUCAGAAGUAUCAUCCCCCAUCUACCACCAAGAAAACGAAGUCUCAGAGGAGAAGGAAAGGUGGGCCAAAGAAACGCCCAGGAGGGGAACAGAAGGUGGGGACGGAAGCAAGUCAGCAGAUGAAAGAAGAAAGAGCAGAGAAGGGAGACUGGAGCUAGAAACUGAACACAGAGGCAAAAAAAGGAAACUGGAGGAGAGAAGGACUAAGCAGACAGAGGCAAGGACGAUGAGAGAGAAGCAGACAGCGAUAAAGAAAAGUGGGAAGUGCUAUAGAGGAAUGAAGAACAGUAGGCCUGGUGGAGUAGAUAAUGCAUGUGAUGGAAGGAGAAGGAACCUGUUGUAGAAUGUGGAUAACAAACAUGGAGAUAAUGGAAAAGAAAAAUGUAAUGCCCAAGGAAGUCCAAAGGAAAACAGAGGCAAGAAUGAAAAAAAGAACACAAAUAAUGAAAGAGGCAAA